UUUCUCUCCUUACCUUUAUCCAUUUCCCACUUCUCUCUCAGCUACUCUUGCUUAAUUUCCUUCUUAAUUUGUCUGAAGAGUCAAUAAAUAUACCACUGAAUAAGCAGUACUACUUUCAAGCAGAUAUAUACGUAUAAAAAUUACUUAAAUUUCCAAAGAUAAGGCAUAUAUAUUAUUAAGUUGCAACCAUGCCGGUUCGUAGAUAUGCUUUUGGGAGGGCAGAUGAAGCCACGCAUCCAGACUCCAUGAGAGCCACCUUAGCUGAGUUUGUUUCGACUUUCCUUUUUGUCUUUGCUGGGGAAGGCUCAAUCCUUGCUCUAGAUAAAAUCUACAAGGAACACGGAACCUCAUCAGCGUCGGAGCUGGUAGCGGUGGCGCUUGCGCAUGCAUUCUCUCUAUUCGCGGCGAUAUCGGCGAGCAUCAACAUCUCCGGUGGACACGUUAACCCGGCUGUAACCUUUGGCGCCCUAGUUGGCGGUAGGAUUUCGGUCAUCCGUGCAGUCUACUACUGGGUUGCUCAACUCCUUGGCGCUAUUGUGGCAUCUCUCUUGUUAAGACUCGUCACGGUUGGCAUGAGACCUCUUGGAUUCCACGUGGCGCCAGGCGUGAGCGAGGUGCAUGGGCUGUUACUUGAGAUCAUACUGACAUUUGGGCUGGUCUACACGGUUUACGCCACCGCAAUUGAUCCAAAGAGGGGCAACAUGGGAACAAUAGCACCUCUGGCCAUUGCAUUGAUCUUGGGAGCAAAUAUUCUGGUAGGUGGGCCAUUCGACGGAGCAUCCAUGAACCCGGCGAGGGCUUUUGGGCCGGCACUGGUGGGCUGGAGAUGGAAGAACCAUUGGAUCUACUGGGUUGGGCCGUUCAUAGGAGGUGCUUUGGCAGGUCUCCUAUAUGAGUACAUGGUGAUACCAACUGAGCCACCUCACCACACUAUUCACCAGCCUUUGGCUCCUGAGGAUUAUUAGUUGUCAAAAGUUUUUCUUGUUUUUCUGUUUGCGUGGCUAUGCUCUGAUUGCAAUCUCAAACUCCUGUGCUUGUGUUCCUUUUUUUUUUCCUUUUUUUUU